GCAGCCGUCCUUGCCACAAGUGAUCGGCGUUCUGCGUCGCCUUGACCCAGCGCUGGGAAAUCUGGCCGAGACGGUGUCAAAGGUAUGGGACCUUCUACAAACUGAGCUUCAAGACCUUCGCACCCUGGAAACCGGCAAGACAGAGGGGGCUGCACCGACUGGAGCGCUGCUACUGCAUCUUUUCGCGGUUGGGCGCCUGAAGUGCCUGCAGGGCUCUGGCUUUGAUCUCCCAUCGGAUGCUGUACCCCUCAUCUGUGACCUGCAGAAGUUGACUGAGGCCCAGCGUCUCACACGGCUUGCAGUCGCGUCCUACGGCGCCAACAUGUUGGCUCUGGUGGGACUUCUACAGCUGCGCGAUGCCUGGCCACCUGAGGGAGCCAACCGCGACAAGGUAGCGGCUGCAAGAUACUUGCAGAUCCCAACUGAGCGAGUGCUUGCUUACGGGAAGUUCAGCAAGACUGUGGAGGAUGAUAAGUCCUCGGAUCGAUUCAAGCCCUGGUGGAUUUUACUCGAAGAUGAGGGAGAGCUCAUCCUGUCCAUUCGGGGAUCUGCGAACAUUGAUGAUAUUGCAACUGACUUGGCCUGCAACAACUGUGAGUUUCUGCACGGCUCCGCUCACGAGGGCAUGGCUGGAGCAGUCCGCGCUGUCUGGGAGGAAGCGGAGCCUGAAGUACUGAAGGCCAUUGAUGCAAAGGACUACAAGCGCUUUGUGGUCUGUGGGCACUCCCUGGGUGGGGCAGUGAGCCUGCUUCUGGGGAUGAAGCUGCGAGCUGAGGAGACGCUGCCGCUGAAGGUGUUUGCCUUCGCAGCUGGACCGCCGCCGGCCUUCCAAGGGGAGGUCCGAGAGGACUUGGAGGAGGGUCUCAUGUCAGUGAUCAAUCGCCUGGACCCUGUUCCGCAUCUGUCCCUAGACGCUGCGCUACGUAUGGUAUUGGCGGCAGAAAACUUGGCGAAAGCUGGCCUCUCUUGGCAGCAGAUUCUGUCGCUG